CUUCGUUCACAACCGACCGUCCCUCAGAGAAUCAGUUUAUGUUUUCUCUCCAUUGGCGGUGCGAGUGAAUUAGGGCUGAGAUGAACGAAAGCAAUGCAAUGGAAGAUGGUGACAACUCUGAAGGAUGCGAAAACGUAUGGGUGGAUUCAGGAUGACGCACUGAAAGUACUGCACAAAGGAUUCAGAGGACAUCAAAGCUACAUGUAAAGAGAAAGUUGGACACUUUACCCGCGCCAAUUAGGGUACCUUUCUAUGAAAGCAGCAGAGAUGAUGGAAUAAAUAGUGAUGAUUUUGGUGAUAUAUUCGUUGAAUUACCUCCACUCAACAACUUUGUCAAUGCUGCAAAUGACAAAGAUCCCUCGCAGUUUUAUGAAGGUAUUCAAUUUGAACAAAUUGUGGAUGGACUAGAUGGGUAUGACCUCAUUGAAUCAGAUGAUCCGAAUGAAUCAGAUGAUUAAUUAGAUCAUUGUAGUUCUUAUACAGAAGAAGGGAGUGAUAGGGAUGAAGUUCAAGGCACAAGAAAUGAGGAGGAUAUAGGUGAGGUGUUGAAUGGUAUGCCACACAAAGCAUAUGACUGCAAUGAGGAAACUUUUACUUGCUCAGAAAAUGUGAAAUGGGAAGACCAAUUGGACUUGGCAAUAGGAAAACAAUGGGUGGCAAUGGAUGCAUGCAGAAAGUACAUUAGAAUGUAUGCCAUCAAGAACAAGUUUGAGAUUCUCUUUCAGAAAAACUGUGCAGAUAAGCUCAUUUUGAGGUGUAAAGGGGAAAGAUGUCCUUGGAGGUGUUAUGUUAUUAGAAAAAAUGAUGGUCACACAACUGAAGUGAAGUCUCUCCAAGAAGAACAUACAUGUGAGAAUGAUGGCAGGAACAAGAAUAGAGGGGCAAAUGCUAGAUGGAUAGCUACUAUGCUGGCUCAAGACAUGAGGCUGCACCACAACAGUUAUACACCCCAAGAUAUCAUUGCUAUAGCAUGGAGUAGGUGGACUUUAAACAUUUCAUACUAGCAAGCUUGGAAUGCUAGGCUGAUGGCACUUGAAGAGCUCCAUGGAAAUUAUGAGAAAAGUUAUACUCAAGUUCCUGAAUUGUGCAGACAGAUUCUAGCUUCCAAUCCAGAUAGUUUGGUUGAGUGCAAAUAUGACUCUGAAAACAAAUUUCAGUAUUUAUGUGUUGCUUUUAGGUGUAGCUUGGAAG